AAAGAUUACUUCCUCUCCGCCAGAGUUUCAGUGGCAGCUGCGGCUCAAGUGUCAAGUCAUGUCAAGCUAUGUCAAGCUAUGCUAAUUGGGUAGAGGUGCCGGUCAUUGACCUUUCGGACGAAGAGCCGCAGCUUGAUGGGGACGGGGAUGGAAUCGAAGCAAGCGGAGUUUCAACUGGGGAAAAUGGGCCGAAAGAAGUUCAAUGGUUUCAACAAGUGAACACAGUGGAACCCGUGAAGCGCGCCCUGGAAAUGGUGCCUGAGCUUGAGCCUGAGAGAGCCAAGCGCCAUUGUCACAUGACCCCAAUGGAAGUGGUGAACUUCACACGAACCAUGAGAACUCCUGGAACUGCAAUCUUUGGUGAAGCCAAUGAAGACUUCUUGGUGCAUUUGCAGGAGAAUGGUUUUGCCAUCCUGCAAGGGGUCUUGGGUGAUGCUGGCCAUAUCUUUAGAGAUGAAUUCUGGAAAGCGAUGACAACAGUAGUUCCUGAUCUUGACAUUGGAAAGCAGCACACAUGGAACUUUCCAAAGGGUUUUCGUGGAAUUGUCACCAGCUAUGGGCUCCCACAUGCAGACUUUGCUUGGAUGGUUCGCGCACAUCCUCGCAUCCGGGAGGCCUUUGCAUCAAUCUUUGGAACCAAGGACCUGGCGGUUAGUCUUGAUGCUGUCAUUGCACAAGCCCAGAACUCCAAGAGCAAACUUCCAGGUUGGCUCCAUAAAGACCAACAUCCAAACCACAAAGGUCUAUCUGUUCAAGCGGUUUACACCCACUUUGGCAGUGGGCCUCAUGAUGCCGGGACCUGUGUAGUCCCUGGCUCGCAUAAAGUCACAUUUCCAUGGGAAUGGCGUGCCAAAGGUGACCAUCUGAGAGCUCCAGAAGAUGCGUUGCAGCCUGCUUCGCCUCUAAAGCCUGAUGUCCCACCUGACAGUGUUGUUUUCUUCAACUCGCGCUUGCUCCAUGCCAGUGUGUGCGGCACAGGGCACUUUUGUGGCCGACCCGCGCGUUUGGGGGUAUGUGUUGCAUAUGCUCCAGUUGCGCGCCGUUCAGAGCAAACGAGACGAAAGAAAGAGAAGGCCUAUCUGCAGGGGAAAUGCAGUUCACAUUGGCCUUGUGACAAAUUUGCUCUGAAGCCUCCAAUCAAAUCCUUUCAGAUUCUGAAGGGUGCUGUUAGCUUGCCACCGCCGCAACCAUUGAAAGAACGCCUUUCACUUCUCUGAAAA